AAGAAAAUAUCUAUUUAGUGAUGUUGAGUUGGGAUAUGGGUGGGAUGUCGUAGAGAGAGAAAGUCAUUGUUCAUCGCAUAAUUUUACGAGUUUGUGGGCGGCGGGGAAGCCCACACACAUAUGAACCCUGCUAAAUUGCCUGAAGACUGAGGCAAGAUGGGUCGCAAAGUAGUGGUGGCGACUUGCUCGCUGAAUCAGUGGGCGAUGGACUUCCAGGGUAAUAUGGAGAGAAUCUUGGACUCCAUCAUCCAAGCCAAAUCCGCAGGAGCAACCUACAGAAGUGGCCCUGAGCUUGAAAUACCAGGUUACAGCUGUGCUGAUCAUUAUUAUGAGAGUGACACAAUGUUACAUUCUUGGGAAGUUGUGGCAGAAUUACUUCAACAUCCAUCAUGCACUGAUAUUAUGAUUGAUGUUGGCCUUCCAGUCAUGCACAAAAAUGUCACAUAUAACUGCAGAUUGGUUUUCCUAAAUAGGAAGAUUUUACUGAUCCGUCCAAAGCAGAUACUAUGUGAUGACGGCAACUACAGGGAAACAAGAUAUUUCACAGCAUGGAGAAAGGUUCGCCAAGUAGAGGACCACUAUCUACCUCGAAUGAUCUUUAAGAUCACGGGUCAGAUUACAGUCCCCUUUGGAGAUGCCGUUAUAGCUACUAGAGACACCUGUAUAGGCUAUGAAAUAUGUGAAGAAUUAUGGAACCCAGAAAGUUGCCACAUUCCCAUGGCCUUGGAUGGAAUAGAGAUCAUUUUGAAUGGCUCUGGCUCCUAUACAGAAAUUCGCAAGAGCCAUGUGUCUCAGGACCUUAUCAAGUCUGCAACAGCUAGAAGUGGAGGCUGUUAUGUAUUUGCCAAUCUAAGAGGAUGUGAUGGAGAUAGAGUUUACUUCCCUGGAAUUUCCAUGAUUGGUCUCAAUGGGUCAAUCAUUGCUCGUACAACUCCAUACAGUCUGUCUGAGGUUGAAAUAAUCACUGCCACAGUUGACUUGGAAUCAAUCCGCUGUUAUCGCUCUCUGAUACGCAGUCGGUGCCUACAUGCUUCUCAGAGUCAGGCUUAUCCACGUGUACAGGUCAACUUUGCUCUCUCCAACGAUGAUGAUAUAUUCCUGCCGAUAUGCUCGCCUGUUGAGUAUAAACUCCCAACCCCAGAGGAAGAGAUCCUCUAUGGGCCAGCAUGCUGGUUGUGGGAUUACCUGCGUCGUUCUGGUCAAGGUGGAUUCCUCUUGCCACUGUCCGGGGGCGUGGAUUCCUCGUCCACUGCCACGAUUGUGUAUUCAAUGUGCAACUUGGUGGUAAAGGCUGUUGCAAGUGGGGAAGAGAAGGUUUUGGAGGAUGUGCGGCGCAUAGUGUCACAAGCAGAUUAUGUUCCUCGAGAUCCUCGGGAGCUGUGUGGUAGACUCUUUCACACAGUUUACAUGGCCACAGAGAAUUCAUCCAAUGAAACAAAGGCUCGUGCAAAACUUCUGUCUCAGCAAAUAGGAAGCUACCAUAUUCCCAUUGGAAUCGAUAGUAUGGUUUCUGCUGCACUGGGAAUAUUUAGUGCUGCAACAGGGCACAUUCCCAAGUUUAGAGUGCGUGGUGGGACAGUGAGGGAAAACCUAGCUCUGCAGAAUGUUCAGGCUCGGCUCCGCAUGGUCCUCGCAUACCUGUUUGCACAGUUGAUGUUGUGGGUACGAGGAAGGCAGGGUGGUCUCCUAGUGCUAGGAUCUGCCAAUGUGGAUGAAGCUCUUCGUGGAUACAUGACCAAAUAUGAUUGUAGUUCAGCUGACAUCAACCCCAUUGGAGGCUUUUCUAAGUCUGAUCUGAAGAAGUUUUUACACUUGGCAAAAGAAAGACUGAAUCUACCUGUCUUAGGAGAAAUCCUAGGUGCUCCACCCACGGCUGAGUUAGAACCCUUGCAAGAAGGGAAGCUUGCACAGACAGAUGAGGCAGAUAUGGGAAUGACAUAUGAUGAACUUUCACUUUAUGGCAAACUGAGGAAAGUGGAAUGUUGUGGCCCAUAUUCCAUGUUUGGCAAACUUGUCCACCUUUGGUCUGAUCAGUGUACACCUAAAGAGGUGUCAGAGAAGGUCAAGGUGUUCUUCAGGUUCUACAGUGUAAACAGACACAAGAUGACAGUUCUUACUCCCGCCUACCAUGCUGAAACAUACUCGCCUGAUGAUCAUCGCUUUGAUCACCGCCAGUUUCUCUAUAAUUACCGCUGGGUGUGGCAGUUUAGAGCAAUUGAUAAGGCUGUGGAGAGGCUAGAGACUGGAAGAGGUAGGGAGGAUCAGGUGGAGAGAAGUGGCUCGAACCGAUCGCUAAAAGAUAGUGGUUCAUCGUCCUUUACCCGCCCAUCCUCACGAUCCUCUAACCACUCUCUAAGUUCGUCCUCAGGUAAUGAGUCAUACCGCAGAGGGGUUGAAGUCACAGCAGAACCUGUUACCCAUCGCCUGAUUCGCCAGACCGUGCAGACAGAAGCUUCCCCGGCAACCAAUCCCUUCAGCCUACCUCAGCAUGUAACCUACACCUGCAGCCAGUCUGUCGCUGAGGACGAGGCAUCACACAGGCACAUUGGAUCCAGCAGUGAAGAAGAAAGGAAACGGCGAGGGUCUGCAUCCAUGGUCAUUCCUGCACAGAAAGCAAUUCGUUGCGGGGAUAAAGCUUCGGUCACAAUGCAGCAACACACAACAACCAUACACCUGUGAAAUGCUUUACUCUUGAUUGGGUG